GUAUAAAGCGGCCAUAUAUUUAUAUACUUACUGGCUUACUGCUGUCAAGUGCCACUGCAGACACCUGAACACAACACGUUUGAAUUUGUAUAUUAACAACCAAAAGAAACCCCAUGGCGGAUAUUUACAAAAACAUUCAUCCUGUGAAAUACUAUCGAGAUUAUCUGUCGCAGGACGUAAGGCCGGAUGGGCGCGGCCUACUGGACUUCCGGCCGGUCUCAGUCAAUGUAGGCUCAGUCAGCACUGCCGAGGGUUCAGCCGUCAUCAAGAUCGGCAACACUAUGGUUAUCUGUGGAAUCAAGGCUGAGCUGUGCACACCGAAAGCCGAAGAGCCAGAUCGAGGAUUCGUGGUAGCUAAUGUGGACCUCCCGGCUCUUUGCUCCUCUCGGCUCCGCCCAGGACCUCCCAGUGACGAAGCUCAGGUCUACAGUGGCUUCAUGCACCGUCUCUUGAGCAGCAGUCAGCUGAUGGACACGAAACAACUGUGUAUCUGCCUAGACCGUCUGGCUUGGGUGCUCUACUGUGAUUUUCACUGUCUCAGUCACGAUGGUGCACUUAUUGACGCUUGUGUCUUGGCUCUAGUUGCUGCACUCAAGACAGUGACUCUGCCAGAGGUGGAGUACAAUGCAGACACUCAGGCCAUCUCUGUCAACGAGGAAGUCAGGAAGCCUCUGGAACUCACUUCUUUUCCAGUCGCCACAACAUUUUCUGUAUUCGGCGAUAAUGUGCUGCUUGCUGACCCGAACGAUGAGGAGGAGAGAUAUGGCACAGGAGUACUCACAGUUAUCAUACAGGAUGGCAAAAUAUCAUCGGUUCACAAGCCUGGUGGGAGGCCCGUGAAUCAGGAUAAACUGCAGACCUGCUUUGCCAAAGCUAAAGAACACUCAAAGCACUUGCAGCAGCUCGUUAUGACAGCAUUUAACGCAUCUCCUGAAAGAUAAUUACUACAUAAUCACUUGUUAAAUAUAAUUUAUCAUAAUCAAUAAAUUCAUCUAUUAUUUUA